AUGGAUAUCACCUGGGGCUUAGUUAUUGCCGUUUCGGCAUUUCUGAUUGAGGUCGUCGUCUACGGGGUCAGCCUUGCCUUUGGAAUAUAUGUUAUAGAACUCCAAAAAGAGUUCGAUCAAGGCUUAUCUUUGAUUUCAGCCAUUGGUUCCAUACACCUUGGGUUCCAAAUGUCUGCCGGUCCUCUGGCCAGUUUUUUAAUGAGAAAAACGUCAUACAGGAGAGUUUGUUUGCUGGGAGCUUUACUAAGCAGCAUUGGGUUAUCCGUACUACCCUUUACUCCAAAUUUGCCAUACUUGAUUGUGUUCUAUGGAGUUCUGACAGGUUUAGGAUACUGUUUUCUCUACAUACCAUCCCACACACUCUCGGGACUCUGGUUUGAACAAAAAAGGGGUCUCGUGACAGGUGUGGUAUUUUCCGGUUCUUCACUAGGAGGCGUUGUGUUUCCAUUUAUUUACAAGGAUCUCAUCGAAAUGUAUGGGUGGAGAGGAUCCAUGUUCAUAAUUGCCGCUGUUAACUUGCAAACUUUCAUACUAGCUGGGCUCUUGAGAGAGUCCCCAAUACAACGUGAGUGGAAAAAGACAAAGUCUAAAACGGUGAAUACUGACUUGUCAGAAAGCACAACAACUGUUUUUACCGUUCAUGGUGUGUCUGAAAACUCUAUUGGUUGCGAUGGAUCAAUAAUAACAAAUGAAAUGUGUUCACACAAAGCUAGAAAGAUGACAAAAGACCCAGAAACAAAAACAAAAUCGACAUUGCUGCAACUUUUGACCAAUGGUCCAUAUGUUCUUUUUACAAUUAACAACUUUUUAUGGAACAUCGGUACUGCAUUGUUGGUACUCCUUGGUCCCGAUUACUACACCAAAAUUGAUCUAAGCUUGACCCAGGCGGCAACGCUUAUAUCCAUUGUUCAAGGUACAACAGUAUGCGGUAGCGUCGUGGGUGGAUUUCUGGGGAAUCGCCAUAGCAUCAACAGAUGUCUGUUGUGUUUGUCCACAAACUUUGUGACGGGGCUGUGUAUCACAGCCUUAACCUUGCCGGUAUUGCAUAACAUGUUGGCCCUCGCUUUGGUCAACUCCCUUUAUGGAUUAUCUGCUGGCAUUACACUGAGCCUCAGAGUAAUUUUGGUCUCGGAUUUCGUGGGAAGUAGGCUGAUUGGGGAUGGAAUGGGUUACCUUAUGUUAGCCUGUGGAGUAGGCUGUUUCAUUGGACCACCGGUUGGAGGUUACCUGAGACAACAAACAGAUUCCUAUGAAAGUGUCUUCUAUUUUGCUGGAUUAUCCGUAUUAUUGAGCGGAAUUGUGAUGUUGAUCAUUCCAAUAAGAGACUGUUUUAAACGAUCCAAUAAAUAUUCAAUAUCAGGAUCCAGUAAACCACGAUAA